UUCUAUAAAGUUUAUUUGUUUUUAGUUUAAACUCUCUCUCUCUCUCUCUCUCUCUCUCUCUCUCUGCGACUUGCAUAGAUAAUAGAUUCAGAGACGCUACCCUCUCUGCCUCACUCUCUCUUCCGUUUUCUCCGGGAUAAAAAAUAAUAAUAACAAAACUCAGUAUUAAAAUCUCUCACUAUCUCUCUUUUCCUUCUCAGCCCUUUAUAUAAUAGUUAUACACAGCUCUGUUUGUCUGUUAAUCUGUCUGUCUGCCUCUCAUCACAAGGUGUUCUUGGGAGAAAUAGAAAAGAAAGUGAGAAAAACUGAGGUUUUGUAAUUGGUUGGGCGUUUUUGUUGUGGAAAACAAAUAUAUAUAUAUAUAUAUAUAUAAUGGAGGGAGGAAUACAUGGGACUACAGAAACAUCAGCUUUCAGGGAUUGCUUCGCUUUGACAUGGAAGAAUCCUUAUGUACUUCGCCUUGCUUUCUCUGCUGGGAUUGGUGGCCUUCUCUUUGGUUAUGACACAGGGGUGAUAUCAGGAGCACUUCUUUACAUUAGAGAUGACUUCAAGUCUGUGGAUAGAAAGACCGUCUUACAGGAGAGCAUAGUGAGCAUGGCAGUGGCAGGAGCAAUCAUAGGAGCCGCAGUUGGAGGAUGGUUGAAUGACAGAUAUGGAAGGAGAACUGCAAUACUAAUAGCAGAUUUCCUAUUCUUCAUUGGAGCCGUGAUCAUGGCGGCUUCAACAGGCCCUGCACUCCUCAUUGUUGGUCGUAUCUUUGUUGGUUUGGGAGUUGGAAUGGCUUCCAUGACAUCUCCUCUUUACAUCUCUGAAGCUUCUCCGGCCAAGAUUCGAGGAGCCCUUGUCAGUACCAAUAACUUUCUUAUCACUGGUGGCCAGUUCCUCUCUUACCUCAUCAACUUGGCCUUUACACACGUAAAAGGAACAUGGAGGUGGAUGCUUGGAAUUGCAGGACUUCCAGCUUUUAUCCAGUUUUUCUUAAUGCUUUUUCUUCCAGAAUCACCUCGUUGGCUUUUCCGUAAGGGGAGGGAAGAAGAAGCAAAAGCCAUACUGAGGAGAAUAUACCCAGCUCAAGAAGUUGAGUCAGAAAUCCAAGCUCUUAGGGAAUCAGUGGAAAAUGAAAUCCAAGAAAGGAAAUCAUCUGAGAAAAUCAGCAUCAUCAAGCUUUGGAAAACUAAAACUGUGAGAAGGGGACUCAUUGCUGGAGUUGGUCUUCAGGUGUUCCAGCAAUUUGUGGGGAUCAACACUGUUAUGUAUUACAGCCCCACCAUAAUUCAAUUGGCUGGUUUUGCAUCCAAUCAAACUGCACUGCUUCUGUCACUUGUGACUGCUGGUCUUAAUGCCUUAGGCUCCAUUGUCAGCAUAUAUUUCAUUGACAGAAGUGGGAGGAAGAAGCUUCUGUUGAUCAGUUUGUUUGGUAUUAUACUCUCACUAGCCCUUUUAUCAGCAGUUUUCCAUGAGACAACCUCUCAUUCCCCGUUGGUUAGCUCCAUUGAAACAUCUCACUUUGCCAACUUCACUUGCCCGGACUAUGGUUCGCCUACCAGAAACGGCAAGACCUGGGACUGCAUGAAGUGCUUGAAGGCCUCUCCAGAUUGUGGUUUCUGUGCUUCAGCAGCUGAUAAGCUGUUACCUGGGGCUUGCUUGAUCUCAAAUGAUACAGUGAAGGAUACUUGCCAUGCAGAAGACAGGCUAUGGUACACCAGAGGAUGCCCAAGCAAAUAUGGUUGGCUUGCUUUAAUUGGCCUUGCUUUGUACAUUAUAUUCUUCUCCCCUGGAAUGGGUACAGCGCCUUGGAUUGUCAACUCUGAGAUUUACCCUCUAAGAUUUCGGGGUGUCUGUGGCGGGAUUGCUGCAACAGCAAACUGGAUCUCAAACCUUAUUGUUGCCCAAUCAUUCCUAACUUUAACUGAGGUCAUUGGAACUGCCUGGACAUUCCUAUUGUUUGGUGUAAUCUCUGUUCUAGGCUUCUUCUUUGUACUCAUUUUUGUGCCUGAAACAAAGGGACUUCCUAUUGAGGAGGUUGAGAAGAUGUUGGAAAUGAGGAGUUUCCAGCUCAAGUUCUGGGAUAGGAGGCCUGUAACACUGGAUAAGAACCAAGGUGCAUGAAAGAAAAGUAAGCAGAAAUUUAUGUAUGUGGGUAAUUAUAAUUAGGCAAACUUUGUUAGAAAUUGGGUAUUGGAGUUUUUAAAGGUUACUGUGAAUAACUAUAUUGAGAGCCACACUGUAUUCAGUAGAUAAUGUUCUUCAAACUGAAUCCUCCUGAAGAGUUGGGUUCUGAUAGAAGAUAAAUCUAUUGAAAUUGGAGUUUUCAUUGUUUGUGGAGUUAAAAAUAUAUAGUUGGACUUGUUGAAAUCCCUAAACAAGUAAUACUAGUUAUGCAUUUUAGGCA